GGCGGCACCGGAGGCACCGGGGCGCGGAGCCGCCGCGCUCGGAUGCUCCCGGCCGUUCCCGCGGGGCCACGGAGCCGCCCGUGGAUGUCACCAUGGAGGAACUGCCCUCCGUGCUGCCCACGGCCGCCGCCACCUCCUGGGGCAACGGCACCGCCUGGGCCGCCCUGCCCGGGCACGGGGUCAACGACACGGGCCCGCAGAGGGCCAAGAACGCUACAUCCAUCCUGAUCGCCGUGGUCAUCACCGCGCUCUACUCCGUGGUGUGCGUGGUGGGGCUGCUGGGCAACGUGCUGGUCAUGUACGGCAUCGUCAGGUACACCAAAAUGAAGACAGCCACCAACAUCUACAUCUUCAACCUGGCGCUGGCUGACGCACUGGCCACCAGCACGCUGCCCUUCCAGAGUGCCAAGUACCUGAUGGAGACCUGGCCCUUUGGGGAGCUGCUCUGCAAGGUCGUGCUCUCCAUCGACUACUACAACAUGUUCACCAGCAUCUUCACCCUCACCAUGAUGAGCGUGGACCGCUACAUCGCCGUGUGCCACCCGGUCAAGGCCCUGGACUUCCGCACGCCGGCCAAAGCCAAGAUCAUCAACGUCUGCAUCUGGGUGCUCUCCUCCCUCAUCGGGGUGCCCAUCAUGGUCAUGGCGGUCACCAAGUCAAAAGAUGAUACGGUGCUGUGCACUCUCCAGUUUCCUGAUCCUCCCAUCUACUGGGACACCGUGACCAAGAUCUGCGUCUUCAUCUUUGCCUUCCUGGUCCCCAUUUUGGUCAUCACCAUCUGCUACGGGCUGAUGAUCCUUCGCCUCAAGAGCGUCCGGCUCCUCUCGGGCUCUAAGGAGAAGGAUCGCAACUUGCGGCGCAUCACGCGCAUGGUGCUGGUGGUGGUGGCGGCCUUCAUCAUCUGCUGGACACCCAUCCACAUCUUCGUCAUCAUCUGGACGCUGGUGGACAUAGACAAGAAGAACCCCUACGUGGUGGCCAGCCUGCACUUCUGCAUCGCGCUGGGCUACACCAACAGCAGCCUCAACCCCGUCCUUUACGCCUUCCUGGAUGAAAACUUCAAGAGGUGCUUCCGGGAGUUCUGCCUGCCUCUCCGAGCCCGCGUGGACCAGAACAGCUUCUCCCGCGCCAGGAACACCACGCGGGAGCACGUCUCCACCUGCACCCCUCCCGAAGCCCGCAAGGAGCCGAUCCACAGCAUCUCACAAAGUUCUUCAGCCACCGUUUCCAGCUCCAGCCGUCGGGAUUUUUGCCUUGCAGUGGCAUUUCUGUACAGGAAUCCUGCUUUCUAA